AUGGAAAUGGAUGUUUCUUCGUUUUCGACUAGUUCCGUAGCGCAGUCAGAUAGCCGCCCGACCAAAUUUCUGCGUCCGUUCCACUCAAUUAGAAAUAUUUACGAACCCAGAACGAUACUGGUGCUAGCAGCAGAAAACUGCCUGAAUGUUCCAGAGGAUCUGAAAACAUUUACAGAGGGUGACAAUGGUGUUCAUGUACGGUUCACUACGAAGCUGCCUUUGCCAAACCCUGGUGCUCAUCCUCCCAUAGAUGUUGUGGUGCUGGUGUAUAAAGUCUUCAACAAAGACAGCCUCAAGACCAUCAAAGACAGUAUACGCUAUAUUGAUGUUCGCUAUCUUGUUGGAAAAUGUUUCAUUUUGGCAACAUCAGAAUCCAGAUGGAAAAGGACUGGCUCGACUGCAGUUACCCUCCAGCCUGAUGUCUGUCUACUGUCCUCCUAUUGGAAGUGA